AGGCGCAACCAAAGCACCGAUUACCGCGGACGCAGCGUUUACGCGCAGCCGACGAAUAAAGUGGAUUUACUGAACACCUGCAUGGGGAAACUCUGAGGGCUUUAUUCAUUUUUUUCUUUUCUGUAGUCUGCCUCUGCUGGGAACGGAACUAACUGGCAACUGGAAUGGAACUGAAUCUGUCGAAGAAUGGGAUUUCGUGUGGGGACCCAGGUGGGAUGAAUUUGGACAGAAUCGCAGAGGCAGUGAGAGCACCGCCGCCCCGCGACGUGGCCCCCGCGUUUCAUUUACCGAGAACUUCAAACAGCAGUCGAGAAACUUUAGAGAACUCAAGCAGCGAGUCUUCAGACACAGAGUUGGCAGAAAAGGAGAGGAGUGCUGAACACAGGAGCGAUGACGGGAACGCGGACGAUCCCAAGAAGAAGAAGCAGCGGCGGCAGCGAACUCACUUCACCAGCCAGCAGCUGCAGGAGCUGGAAGCCACUUUCCAGAGGAACCGCUACCCGGACAUGAGCACCAGGGAGGAAAUCGCCGUGUGGACCAACCUGACUGAGGCCAGAGUCCGGGUGUGGUUUAAAAACCGCCGGGCCAAGUGGAGGAAGCGGGAGCGGAACCAGCAGAUGGACCUGUGCAAGAACAGCUACCUGCCGCAGUUCAGCGGCCUCAUGCAGCCGUACGACGACAUGUACCCGGCUUACACCUACAACAACUGGACCAACAAGGGUCUCACCCCGGCGCCGCUGUCUACCAAGAACUUCACCUUCUUCAACUCCAUGAGCCCCCUCACCUCGCAGUCCAUGUUCUCGGCGCCCAACUCCAUCUCCUCCAUGACUAUGGCGUCCGGGAUGGGGCACUCCGCCGUGCCGGGUAUGCCCACCCCGGGCCUCAACAACAUCAGCAACCUGAACGGGAUCGGCACGUCCGGCAUCAACUCAGCCAUGUCGUCACCCGCGUGUCCGUACGGGCCUCCCGGCUCUCCGUACAGCGUUUACCGGGACACUUGCAACUCCAGCCUGGCCACCCUCAGACUCAAAUCCAAACAGCAUCCAACUUUUGGAUACAGCGGCCUGCAGAGCCCCGGAUCGAGUCUGAACGCCUGUCAGUACAACAGCUGACGGGCUAAACGAGGGGCCUGAAUUUUCCAGAAAUAAAGAAAUAUAUACGAGAUAAACGGACACGGUGUCAGAGCUUGUAGGCUACCUGCGGAUGGGGGAAAAAACGAAUCAAAGACAACUAAACUGGAUUAGUUGCAGUCAUUUUUCAAAAGAGAAAAAUAUGGAUUAUGCGGGUUUUAUGUGUUUACCAAUGAACUUGCACAGCAAUUGAAAUGUCCAGGUUUUUUUUUUUUUGUUUUUUAAAUGAUGAAGACGUGUUACAUUGCUGCGUUGUACAUAUAUAAAUGUAAAUAUAUACAGGCCUAACAUAUAAAGCAGACGGUGGGACUUUUUUUUUGUUUUUGUUUUCGUUUUUGUGCUUGCUUGCUUGCUUGCUUUUGAAGACUGACUUGGGGAGGGGGG